UGUUCUCCUAGCAGCGGAUCUGAUCGCCUAACCAGCGCAGCGCAAGCGGGCGCUCCGCAGUCACAUCCCUGCAUUCCUUGUCCACCAACCCCGCUAAUUUUCACUGCCCUCGCGCUAUUGCACGAAUCCUGAUCCUUCACCAUGGUGACUACCACAGCGCCUUCACCCUUUCUAGCCCGGAUCUCGGCCGGUACCGAGGACCCCCGGAGGUUUCCCACGUCCCUUUUUCAACGCCUCAUGCGGGCCGACUACAGCGGCGAAAGCCACCAGCCGGGCUGCUGCCCAGUGGGGCCCGGUGGUAGCGCACGGCCAGCGCUGAAGAGAGUGAGGCGGCGGAAAGGGAAAAUACGGUCCACUCCCUCUGGCCUCUUACAGAGCCGCUACCAGCAGUACCAACAGCACCGCGCCGGCUUGGGGCGAAGAAACACCGCGCAGGGGACGAGCAACCCCUACGACGUCCCCGCCGCCUCCUCAGAGCCUGGGCUAGAAACGGUCCCAACCGAGGAAGCUCCAGCAGCUUCGCCAAGAAUAGCCCCCGUCAGUAUCAGCAAACCCCUCAGGAAAGAGUUGCUCAAAAACAGGAUUGGAAAGUCUGAGAAGGUUACCAUUCCUUACAAUCAACCUGUUCAUGGUAUACAUCUAUGUGACCAAUCAAAGACUAACAGACAGAGAAGUAAAUGUAAUACACCACUGAACAAAAUUCCAUCUACAAAAAAAAGUGAAAAUAACUUUUGGCUUGAAUCGGAGUCGCCUGACCUCAUUAAAAAGCAGGAGAAAAAGCCUCUGAAAAACACAGAAAAUGUGAAAUCGAAGAAACCCAUCUUUCUGACUGAAGCCAGCCAAAAAGAAAACUAUGCUGGGGCAAAAUUUAGUGAUCCUCCUUCUCCCAGUGUCCUUCCAAAGCCUCCCAGUCAUUGGGUAGGAAGCACUGUUGAAUAUUCUGACCAAAACAGGGAGAUGAUGGCAGUCCAUCUAAAAACUCUCUUAAAAGUUCAAGCAUAGCUUAUGGAUUUUUACACUGAACAUACUAUGAAUUUGAAACCUGCCUUGUUGCAACAUGAUCUGAAAAAGACUUGUCAAGUCUUAAAAUCAUAAACUUGUACUCUAUUUUUUACGGUUGUGUAAAUAGUGUAUAUCAUGUAAUGUGUAUAUUCAUAUUUUGAGGUACAUUUUAGUUUUGUUAUGAAAGGAUGUAUUUUACACUGCCCAUGUGGUAGAUGGUUUUUUGUAUAUAAUAAUGGACAUCUAAUGUGUGCUUAACACAUUGAAAGACCUGACAGUGUUUGCACAAGGUACUGAAACUUUGAAAGAAGAAAAGCUCUCAUCUCAAGGUUCAAAUAGAAAUGUGGAAACAUUACUAAUGCACUACUGAAAUGUUUUGCAAUCUGUGACACAAUACAUAAUUGAAUAAGAAACCUUCAUAAAUUGAAUUUGUUUGAAAUAGUACAUGGAGUUAAAAAUAAUUUCUCCUUGCAAAUAUGAAUUUGGAAUUUGAUUUACGAAACCCAAAAACAUGGCACUGCUGAUUCUCUAACAAAGAAUAGCGGAUCUAUCUUCCAGAGAUAAUUGGUUAUUUUAAAAAAAAAGUUUAAAUAAAACAAUUUGGCCUCCCCUUA